AUGAAACAACUCACAUCAUUCCCAACCAUCGACGUCCUAGUAAUAGGCGGAGGAAAUGCGGGCUUCUCCGCUGCCACAGCUGCCUCAGACGCGGGAGCACGCCGCGUUGUUCUCAUUGAGAAGGCACCAGAAGAUUGGGCCGGAGGUAACAGCUACUUCACAGCAGGCGCCUUCCGCACCGUGCACAAUGGCACCAGCGACCUCCUACCCAUCGUCAACAACGUCGAUACCGAAACAGCGAAACUCAUAGACAUGGAACCAUACACCAAAGACGAUUUCCAGAAAGACAUGGAUCGAGUAUGCCUAUGCCGUUCAGAUCCCGACCUAAGCAAAGCGCUCAUCUCAGAAUCCAACGAAGCCGUAAAAUGGCUUGCAAACAACGGUAUCCGAUACCAACUAUCCUUCAACCGGCAAGCCUACAAAGUGAAUGGCCGCUACAAAUUCUGGGGCGGCAUGGCCCUCAAGACGCAAGACGGGGGGAAAGGUCUCAUUCAAGACCACCAAGCCUGCGCCCGCAGACACGGAAUCGAAGUAUACUACUCCACGCCUGCCAAACGCAUCGUAACCUCUCCCUCGGGUACCAUCACAGGCGUUGUCGUUGACUACAAGGGUAUGUCUACACACAUACCCACGAAGACCGUCAUCCUAGCUGCCGGCGGCUUCGAAGCAAAUCCACGCAUGCGCGCCCAAUAUCUCGGUCCGUCCUGGGAUCUCGCGCGCGUCCGCGGCACGCCCUUCAACACCGGCGAAGUCCUCGAGUACGCUAUCCGCGACGUGGAUGCGAAGCAAGCGGGGAAUUGGUCUGGGUGCCAUUCUACCUGCUGGGAUGCUAACGCGCCUGCGAACAGCGGCGACCGGCUUAUCUCGAAUGAAUUCACCAAGUCGGGAUAUCCGCUUGGCAUUAUGGUCAACACAGAGGGAAAAAGGUUUGUAGACGAGGGCAUCGAUAUGCGGAAUUACACGUAUGCGAAGUUUGGACGUGCGAUACAUGGGCAGCCUGAUGGGGUGGCGUGGCAGGUUUGGGAUCAGAGGGUUGUGGGGUGGUUGAGGGAGGAGGAGUACAGGGAUGAGAGGGUAGAGAAGGUUUGGGGGAAGACGGUUGAGGAGUUGGCGGGGAAGUUGGCGGGGGAGGGGGGGUUGACUGAGCCGGAGAGGUUUGUGGAGACGGUGAAGGAGUAUAACGAGGCGGUUUAUGCGGCGAUGGCUGAGAAUUCGAAGAGGAAGUGGGACCCGGCGGUAAAGGAUGGGCUUACUACGCAGUCGUCUAAGAAGAAGCUGGAAUUGGCGAAGUCGAACUGGGCGCUGCCACUUGAUAAGGGCCCGUUUAUGGCUGUCAAAUGGCUUGACUUCUGGGGCGGUAUUUGGGAGGAGAGCUGGGACGGCAGCGGCGAGGUUGGCUGCCAUUGGGGAUACUACAAUGUCCUCAAAGCGGCCGGCGAUUCUAUCACUUUUAUAACAGGCAAUGAGAAGUACGAUUGCAGUUGGUAUGCUCAGAUACUGAAUGUCAAUACAAAGUUUCUAAUGGCUAUAUAG